GAUGGAUUGACGACCUGUCCAAGGCCUCCUGCCCACAGACUGCUGGAGAUAGGCACCAGCUUCCCACUAUGGAAGAAGCGGAAUAGAAAAUGACUGACUUCAGAUCUUCUUGGGUAUGUUAUUACCAGCUUCACACAUCUAGCGACUGAAAGUUUUGCAGAUUCCUGUUUGCAAAAUACCUCAACCUCUGUCAGACUGAUUUGACAGUCUGUGAACAGAAUUUUUUAGGACCUGCCACAGAUCCUUAAUUGGAUUUACUGUACAUCUGGUCUUUGAUUGCUCUUUUCUAACACAUGGGCUUGCUUUGAUGUACACCAUUCCCCAGUAGCUCUGGCUUCACAUUUAGGACCCUUGUUGUGGUCCUAGAGGGUAAACCUCCAGGCCGAUCUCAAGUCUUUUGUAGCAUCUUGUUCAUUAUAUUGACUGAUUUAUAACCUAACCCUGUUUUAAACUUCGCGGACCUGUCUGAUGUGUUCUUUGGUCUUCAUGAUACUGUUUGUUCACUAAUGUUCUCAGACAAACCUCUGAGGCCGUCAUGGAACAGUUGGAUUUAUACUUAGAUUUAAUUACACACUGCAGGACUUCAGUUACUAAUUAUUUGUCUUGUGUUUUAUUGAGGGGUAUUAGUUAAAAAAAAGAAAAGCUUUUAGGCAAAUACUUUGCGUUGGUCUAUCACAUAAAAUGCCAGUAAAUAAAUUCAAUUGUUGACAAAAUGUAAACUAGUUUAAGGGGUGAAAGGCACUAUAAUCCAGGACAUGUAUUUGUACAGUAAAUCUAUAAUUAGGACAGGUUUUACUGAGAAUUAAAAGGUUACAUUUCUCUCCUGCUGCUCCAGGAUUCAGCCUCUGCACCUGUUUACAAUGUGUUUCACUAUCAGCCUCAUCUCUUUGGUCCAGGGGGGACCCUACUGGUUCCCAUUUGUUGAAACGUUGAUUGAUUGUAAGGCAUACUGGUGGGCUAACUUACUACUGAUUAGCAAUCUCCUACCAGUCCACGAGAUUUGCAUUCCCUGGACGUGGUACCUGUCUCUAGACUACCAGUGUUACGCUACUACCCCUCUGUUGGUCUAUAUUUAUCGGCUUAAAAAGAGUGUGUUUGCCGUUGUGGUAGGAGGCCUUUUAGUGAUUACUAUUGUGACCAGUGCUGCUAUAACUGCAUGCCUGCACCUCCCAGUCUUUCAUCCAUCUACAGUAACAUCAGACAACUAUGUUUUGUAUUACUAUGUGAAACCCUACACAAGAUAUGGACCAUUUCUCAUAGGGAUCCUAACAGGAAUAUACCUGACAACAAAGAAAGAUCAGCUUUUAAAGGAAAAGUGGCAACCAGCGCUUGGGUGGUUCUGCUGUCUUUCCCUGAUGGUUUUGCUUAUUGGACUGGCCUACCUCCUGAAAGAAACUCCAGCCCACCCAUCUGUGGCUCAUGCUCUCUAUCAGGGGACGCACAGACUACUCUGGGCUCUGACUGUGAGUUGGAUCAUACUGGCCUGUGAGGAGGGCUUUGGAGGUUUUAUCAAGACAUUCCUGUCAUUUGGUUUCUGGGUUCCUCUUUCCAACAUUAGCUUUGCCUGCUAUCUUAUACAUCCCAUCUUCAUCAUCCUCUACAAUGGCUUGCAAGAAACGCCAAUGCACUACACAGACAUCAACUUUAUGUACCUGUUCCUCGGCCAUCUGGUACUAACUCUGGUGUUCAGCAGUGCUCUCACUGUGUUGAUAGAGAAGCCCUACCUCCACCUGAAACACAGAAGCAUCUAGAGAAAGUGCCACGUAUAAUACAGUGCCCUUCACAUAUAUUGGCAUCCCUGGUAAAGAUUUGUAAAAAAACUUCAAGUAAAUUAAUAUUUUCUUGCAGUAGUGUAACCUCGCACUGAAAAAAAUGCUGCAGUCCUCUAACAAAAAGCUUUGGAGAUGUUCCCUUACCAUACGUUUCACAAUGCUUGGUGACAAGAUAUAGUUGGCUCUUCCUUGAUUGUAAAAAUUUUUUAAACCUCGUUGUCCUGAGUGUAGAUAUGAACAUGUUUAGGAUAGUAGCUGUUUUGUUGUUGUCAUUUACUUUCUUAUGAAUAUCAAAACAGUGCCUGCAUGAUUUAUAUGGCAUCUGUUUCAAUUUUUCCCAUUUUGAAGAGUGGGUAAGAGAAGUUGGAAUCUGUGUCCCAUCAUGUUUAUACCCCAGAGAAGCAAAACAUCAUAGAUUAAAUGUUCCUUGACAGUGUAAUCAACAUAAAGUAUACAUUGAAAAUGCUUCAGGUAUUGUUAGAUGUGCCGGUAAACUUGGUGCUGACUUUUAUCAAAAGAAAACAAUUACAGUUAUGUAAAAAACAUCAAGAGAUCCCGUAAAAUCUUUUUUUUCUAACAUAUUUGGACAUAUGGAUAUUUAACAUCAAUUUGAGCAAUACUGAUAAAUUCAAAUAAAAGAUGGAAGAAAACAAAUAUUCUGUAAAAUAAAACAAAAACUUAAAUUUCUGGUGAGCAGUAACACCCUCACAAUUAGGAAAUUCCCACUAAAAUUGGUUGAAAUUAUGCCUCAGAUGCACAUCUUUAUAACAUUAUUAGUCAGUAUUUUGAAAGAGGUUUGCCUUGUUGCCUUGAAUAUUUAGUUUGAUGUGUGCCCUUGUCAGAGACUGGCUACAAGAAGCAUCUCACUGAUGAUAUUUCAACCAUUCUUCAAAAAGGAAUUUUUUCUGGCUAUUCCUUGUUUAAAAACAAUGUUAUUAUUAGUGUACCUUGAGCAUUUUCUUGUUCAGAAAUUUAAGAAAUAAUUAGACAUCUAUAUAUGGAAGUUUUUCCCAUGACUGCACAUUUCCCACCUGGAUAAAGGUGCUCAAUUACCAUCAUUACCUUUAUUCAAAUCAACUUUUUAUGAUGCCUGUUUAAUUGACUGACUUAUAGAUUUUUUGUAAAUAAAACUCUAAAAUUAUU